AUGAGAACAUCAUACUCUCAGGUCAGCAUAAGGCGCUGGUCCUCCAAAAGCAAGGACCCCCCCAAUAUUACCCAUACCAAGGCCAUCCAUGUCUACGACUUCGACAAUACCCUCUUUUGCAGCCCUCUUCCCAACCCUCAAAUAUGGAGUCCACCUGCAGUUGGAAUGCUUCAAGCAUAUGAAACACUUGCAUACGGAGGAUGGUGGCAUGACUCAAGCAUACUGGCGGCAACCGGAGACGGCAUCGAAAAGGAAGAACCUCGUGCUUGGGAAGGAUGGUGGAAUGAUACCGUCGUUCAACUUGUAGAGAUGAGCAUCCUGUCAAAAGACGUUCUCACGGUCUUACUCACCGGAAGAGGAGAGACAGAUUUCGCCGAUCUGGUCAAUCGGAUUUGCAACGCCAAAAACCUCGAUUUCGACCUUGUGGUCCUCAAGCCUGAGGUUGGACCAUCCGGACAGCGCUUCGAAUCCACCAUGAUUUUCAAACAAGACUUCCUGAAAGAGUUGGUCUUCACAUACAAGAACGCGGACGAGAUCAGAAUCUACGAAGAUCGGACUAAGCACGUCAAAGGAUUUCGGGAGUAUUUCGAACGACUGAACAAGUCAUUGAUCUCCCACCCAGUCGACCAGCCCCCCCCUCCACGAAAGCCCAUCACGGCCGAAGUGAUUCACGUAUGCGAGUUGAAAUCCGCCCUUAACCCGGACACGGAGAUUGAAGUCGUCCAACGAGCCAUCAACCGCCACAAUCAUGCAGUUUUAACCGGAGGUCCGAAUCCGACCAAAAGUGUUCGCAAACAAUUGAAAAUCGUGGAGCACUUCUCAUACUUUGGGUAUUUGAUCAACCAAACCGAUUCGGCUCGGCUCAUCACCCUAUGCAGCAUACCACCUCAUCUCAUUGAUUCUGGAGAGGUCCGACUGCUGGCUUCCAGCAUUCUGAUCACUCCGUACUAUCCUAGAAGAGAUACCGUCAAACAGGCUGGCGGUCGUGGUAAAAAAGUCACGUGGCAAGUCACUGGCAUCGCCAAGUUUGAAGACCGAAUCUGGGCAGCAAAGGUGGCUCCAGUAUCGGAAACCCAGAUCUACACUCAAGAUCCCAUACCACUUGUUGUUCUGGCCAUUCGAAAAGGCUCCCGACAAGUCGACGCUUCGAGAAUCCACGAGUGGCAACCCGUUGCGCCGGAGAAGGCCUUCAUGUUCGAAACUACGGUGGGGGAUAAGAUUAUGCUGAAGAUCGAGGAACAGGACUUCGUUGUUGGGACUGGCUCUAAGGGAGUACGAAAAGCAAGGACGGUUUUCGACUCAAGUGAUGGGGGCAACAAACGGAAAUACCCUCAAGAUGAAUCCGACUUCAGGGGCAAAGAGAGUUAUACCCGUGUGACCGCCGGUGGGGAUAGGGAUGAUGGGACCUGGGCGGCAAAAGAUCGAUCUGGUGGUGGUGGUGGUAAAUUCUCCCAGCGGAAUCAUGCCAGCAAGACUCAAUUCAAUAAUCGCAACAAUCCCAACAUGCCGGGAGCCCGAGGUAACAUUCAAGCUGCAAAUGCGAGUGCCAGGCAGCGUAACGCUGGGCCAGGUGCUGGAGGCAAUCGAGGAAGAGCUGGUGGAGGGCCGGGUGGAGGUGGUAAUCGAGGACCGCCAGGAUACAAAAGCCUAGACGAUUAUGGACCAGGAAAUUUUGAUGGAGCGAAUGAUAUGAAAACCGGGUCCGGCGAAAUGGUUAUGAACUAUUAA